AUGAAGCUGGUCGCCGUGCUCGUGCUGGGCAGCCUGAUGGCUGUCGCCAGAGCACGGCCCCACGGACCCCGUCGCAGUAAGCGCAAUGUUGUCUGGGAGAACAUACCCGCGGAGCCGGUGCUGGUUCAUGACCCGAAACAUCCUGCCCGCUUCUACGAAGACUGGUUCUUGGACCAGGUGCUGCCGCGACUGCAGCGGGAAAACAGGCACCGGCUCGCUGACAAACUCUCGCGGCGCCUCGGAAUCCGAAGGAAAAAGGCCCCUCCCGAUAACUCCAUGGAGUUCGAGGGCUGCCACGCCCUUCCGAGAGUCAGGCCGUCUACAAUGACAACCACGCCAUGUCUGACGACAACAACGCCGUGUCCAACGGCGACGACUACUACUACUACUUCGACGCCCUGUCCGCCGACGACCACGACGACCUGCAAGCCCCUCACCACUACCACAACGUGCAAACCUACUACCCCGACAACGACGUCCAAACCCACCACUACUACAACUACGUGCAAACCUACAACGACGACCACGACGUGCAAGCCUACCACCACUACGACAACGUGUAGGCCUACCACUACUACGUCUACACCUACGACGACGACCACGACUUACAAACUUACCACCACAACAUGCAAACCUACCACCACGACGUGUAAACCAAUCACGACGACCACAACUUGUAAACCUACCACCGCGACAACGACGUGCAGACCUAUGACGACGACUCAUAAGCCACGGACCACGACCUGUAGACCCACGACUACCACCUGCAGGCCUUUCAAGGUCACAACAACGUGUAAACCUUAUAUAAUUGAAUCGUUGCAAGAACACGAAAAAGCCAACCCUCAUAUGCCCCAGCCCUAG